GACACUAUCAGAAUCAUCGUGGAUAUCGAUGGAGCCAUUAUAAAGAAAUUGGAUUCGGAUAAUUGUAGUUCUACCUAUUAGUAUUUCAUAUUCUCGUAUCAGCGUAAACAUGUGACAUUUUUAUUUAUAGAAUAAUGCAAAUAAAAAUUUUAUUUUAAUACCUACACUAUUUUGGUCAUAUACAGAGCAUGCUUAAAUUUUUUGCGUGGAUUUUGAAUGUAAAAUCUAUAAGAUGUUUAAAAUCUAUAAAAAUAAAACAUUACUUAUGUAUUUGGCAUUAAUCGCUUCAAUUAUUUGGAUAUAUCAUAUUUAUACGCAGUUGUGUUAUCGUAAAAACGACAUUCAAUGGAUGGACCUGGAUACCGUUAGAAAGGCGUUUCAUCUUUUUUAUUUUACAAAGAACUAUUUAAUUGAGCCAUCACCUAGUAUAUGUGACCAAAAGCCAUUCUUAGUGAUUUUAGUUACCUCAUCAGUGGAUCAUGUGGAGUUAAGAAGUGCCCAUCGGAGGGCAAUACCUAACGAUAUGCUCAUUAACUUCAAUGCUGUUAGAGUGUUCCUGUUGGCAGCUAUACGUCAUGAACAGAACAAUUCAAUCCCUCAAGAAACAAUUGAGGAGGAGAACAAAACAUCUGGAGACAUCCUCCAGGGAUCCUUUUUGGAUCACUACAGAAAUCUAACACGCAAAAACCUGAUGGGAUUGGAUUGGGCUUCUUCUAGAUGCCGGAACGCAGCCUUCAUUUUAAAAGUUGAUGAUGACGCAGUUUUUAACUUGUAUGCAACAUACGCAUUACUUUUCAAAUGGAAUGUUAAUUUAACAGAUAGAGAUAGUUUUCUAUUGGGAUAUAUAAUGCAGAAAGGACGACCUCAUAGGCAUGGUAAAUUUUAUGUAUCCCCAAUUGAGUUUAUACAUCGUUUUUAUCCUUCAUAUCUAAGUGGAGGUUACUACAUAACAACCCCAGAAACAGCUUAUAGAAUUGCAAAGACGGCCGUUUGUCAUGCGUUUUUACCGGUAGAUGACGUAUUUAUAACCGGAAAACUUAAAAAUUCUCUUAAUAUUACAUUGAAGCAGAUAUAUCCCCUUUAUCUUCCCACAGACGCUGAAAAAUGUGUUAGCUAUAUGAUAAAAAAUUAUGCUAUACCCGUAUAUCCCAUGUUAGGUCAAAGUUCUCUACGAGUUAACUUGAUAGUGGAAUUCUAUCAAGCUCUACAAAACUGUUAUAUUUGGAGGAAUUGUACUGUAGUGGAUGAUGUUUGUUAGAUGAAAAGAAAAUUGGUUGCACGUGUGUUCUGUUCUCUACUGUUUUGAGUCAGUUGACUCAUGUACUUGUUACAACACUGUUAAAUCUGUUGCUAUUAUAUUCUAUUUACUUCAAGUCUUUUUUUACAGAAAUAUUUAAUUUUAGUCUUGUAAUAUAUUUACUGUUAAUAUCCAGUGUUAGUAAGUAUUAGAUGAAUUAGUAUAUUUCUUUAAUAAGAUCGAGUUAUAGUAGGUAUUUAUCGACCAUCUGCUUUUAAUGUAACUUUCUGAUGAAACAGCCUGUCGUUGCUAAAAACACGAGUUGUAUAAAGUUUUCAGAUAUACCUAGCAAAAGAAGUAAGAGGAUAUUUUCUACGGCAAAAAGUUUGCUGUAACAAUUAAUUAAAUUUGAAAAACCCCCGAUACAAAACUAGUGUACUCUAAAAAGUCACCAUCUGUAAGUCAACUUCUCGUCAACACCAAAUUCAAUGAGCCAAAGAUGUUUGUUCUGCUGCUUGUUUAUAGUUACCCACCCUAUCAAUCUCUUAGUUAUACGGGAAGGGUACUAUAACCUGUGCAAGCAAGCCCGCACAGGGACCUUCUUAGUCAGGUCCUUAUCCCAGAUCAGCCCGCUUGCGCAGACUUCAUCCGGUUCUCAAGUCUUGGGUGAGCUGUCCCGAGUGCACGUACAGUCCCUAUAUUCCAGAUAGAUACCGGAGUCGUAGUAACGCUCAUUUCUCGUUGCGCAUUGCGCAAUUAACGUUGCCACC